AUGUCGGAACUCAAACGCCAACUUCAAUUCUUGCAGACGGUCUUCCCUCAGACAGCAGUCACUAAAUUAAAGAAGGGAAAGGAAAGUUUUCUGUUCACUGCGGAAAAAGCUGCUCGUUUAACCAAUGAAGAUAUUCAUAUCAUCGGUGUGGAUGGAUUGAAGGAAUUGAUGAGGCUCGAUGCUCGGUUCGGACCUUUCCAAGAUUCUCUCUUUCAUUCAUCAUCCAUUGAUAGAAAUAGAGAAAUGGAAACUCAAUCGGAAAAUGAGAUUUUAAAUCAAGAAAUUGAAAGAUUCCUCUUGCUAUUAUCGCCCUAUUUUUUACUUAAACCUUCGCACAAAGCCAUUGAAUAUUUAGUGAGAAGAUAUAAAAUUCAUAUCUACAAUGUGGACGCUAUCAUGGCCUCGAUAUUACCAUAUCAUGAGACGACAUUCUUCUCACGUUUUGUCCAAUUAUUGAAUAUUGCACCUACGAAAUGGCACUUUUUAGAGCCCAUGCAAAGUAGUGGUGUGGUGAUGAGUAGAACGACGUUCUUGCAAAGAUGUUUCACCGACUUUUCAAUAUUAAUGUUUAUUUGUGAUGCUAUGAAAGCUUUUGCAGAGAGAUCAAUUGAUAACAAGACUUUCAAUAAUUUCUUCGUGGUCUUAUGCAUUGAAUACAUUUCAGGACAGCCAUUGCAAGAUAUUUCAUUGAAAAGAUUGUUACCUUACGUAUUCUAUGGUUUGAAAUCUAAUGAUCCUGAUUUGGUCGCUGGUUCUUUGAUGAUUACUACGCAGAUUGCUUCCAGUGUGACAUUGGCUGUUUCCGUCGUAGAUGCUCUCUUUGAAACUAUCAUUUCUAUCAUGAACAAGGCAGAUAUUGAUAGCGUUAUGUUGUGCCUGGUUUUCCUCUUCCAAAGCCAACCUAUUACAAAGAUGAGAACCUCCCUCAUGAAAAGUUUAAUAGAAAUUGAGGGCUUUGUACACUCUGUGAAUCGAUUGCGAUUGUCGUACAACGUUGGAAACUUUCUUAAUGGUCUUUUGAACUCCAUGAUUGAAUACUGUUUUGAAACAAAGGACGUAUCUAUUUUGGAUAAGAAUAUUUCACAGAUUGAUUUCUCUGACUGCAUCCCAAAGGUGAUUGCAAUUUUGUUGAAUUUAUACAUUUCCGAUUCUGAAAGCUUUACAGAAAUUAUUCGAAAAGUACUUGUAUGCAUUGAGAAGAGAUACAGUGGAGAGACGGACAAGGGAUUGGACUUGGGACUCAGAACUCUCGACGAGGAAAACCAUGGAAAAGCUCUUGAUUUUUAUUCCAUGAUUUUCAAAGGUUCUCAACAUGAAAUUAUUCCAGAAAUUAGUACCACUCUCUACCUUUCACUUCAACAUCAUGAAAAAACUGUUCGUAUUUUGGGCUUGAAACAUUUGGGGAAAAUUGCAAAGAAUGCUGUGGAUGAGCAGACCAAGUCCUUUAUCACAGAGUCAUUAUUAGAACGAUUGAGUGAUGAGGAUCCUUCCAUUUUAAACUUUGUAUUGAGUUUACCUCAACUUUUGGAUUAUUUGACACCAAAACAAAUUGUUGAUAAGAUUUCCCUCAUUGUGAAACAAAUUGAGGAAAAUCGAUCUGAUGACGUCUCAAAAACGCUUUCAGAAACAAUUGCAGAGAAACUCCUCAUUAAUGCCAUGUUCGAGAAGGAAGAAGGAAUUGAAAAGAUGUUGACAUUUGUUUUUCGAUUCCUCAUGCUCACUCCUGAAUUUAAAGAAACAAACUUGAAAGUGAUCAAAUCUUUGCAAAAGCUGAGCCAUCCGCUCUUCGCUGGACUCUCAUCAGUCGCCAUCAAAGAAAAGGAUGUUGCUGCAACAAACACACAAUUUGUCAAUGUAAUUGCAAAGAAUAUUGCUGCAAAUCCAGAGCUUGCCAAAGUGUGUGAAAAUACCGCUGUUAAGGAAGGUUUGGGAACCAAGUCUGUUCUCCUUCUUUUGGCAUCCGCCAUGAAACAAGCAACCAAAAAGGACUCGAAACUCAUGAUUGCUACUUCUAUCUUGAAUUUAGUUAAGAAAUUCAGUUCAAAAUCAGGGCUUGUGAUCUCAGUGAAUGAUGUUUUCCAACCAACCUCUCAAUCCAAUGUGGAUACAUCACUAUCAGUGACCUAUCUUAUGUUCUAUUGUGCAUACUCUAUGCUUGAAUUUUUGGAACAAGAUGUGCUGAAUUUCUCUGAAAUGAUGAAUUAUUUGGCCACUUUCACCACUAAUACUUCCAUUGAACAAGAAGCUACUCUCAAGUACACAUCACUUUUAGCAAGCUUCUUUAUUACCAUUUCAGAAUCAAGACUCUUUGACCAAUUCACGAAUCACAUCAAAAUAAUGAUCGAAAAACACUUGAAGAAGCAAGCGUUAGAAUUUCUUUCCGUUUUCUGGAUGUCUGAUCCUGACAACCUUCCAUACAAGACUAGAAUGAGAAGUUUACUCAUGGGUGUGAUGCUUAUGGAAGAUGAUGUUGACUAUCAAUAUUUACUUCCAUCACUUCUUAUUGCUUUGCAAAACAAUCUCUCUAAAGAUAUGUGUGCUGCUGUGAUUUCAUGCAUUAAGAGAGUUCCUGGCUCCAAACUGUACGACCAUCAUUUGAAGCAACACAUUAAGCCUCUAAAUAGAGAUAUUGUAAAGAAAGUGACUCAUUCAAUUGAAUCAAAGAGUUCUGAUCUCUCUGCUGAUAGCUCUCAAAUUCAACAGGUUAUUCAACAAUUGCCAGGAGAGGUGAUUGAUGUCAUGUUGACAACAUUCUCUUUGAGCCAUUCAACCUUUGAAAAGUAUUCAAUUGUCAAUAUUCUCUCACAAUUACCUUCCACUAGAAUUAUGCCAUCCUUAUUUGAUUUGCUUCUCUCAUAUUUGAAAGCAAUCGAAAAUGGUCAAUCAUUGGGAAGAUUGGAUGUUUUACUCGCUUCCAAACUUUUGAAAAUGCUCAACAUUGACUUGUUAACAAGUAAGAAUUCAAACAAGUACUUCACUGAGGGUUUACUUUAUGCCAUCACUGUCACUAAUCAGGUAUCCAAUCUCAUUCCUUCACUUGAAGUUGUCAAUAAUGUGAACUCACACCUUUUAUCAGUAUUGGAUGAGAAGAAUCAAAGAAUGCUUUUCGAUGCCAUUACUAAGGUUCUGAAAUCAACAAAUGUCAAAAUCACUCAAGCUUAUCAACAAGCUCUCAAACAAUUACCCAUGGACGCCAAUAUUUUACUCAAAUACAUUCCAAGCUCUACCAAGGAAAUGGACACUUCCAAUGACGAAACUUCAAGUGAUUUAGACAGAUUAACCUUUAUUUUGGAGAUUGUUCAACUCAUGAAAUCGGUUCCUAAACGAGAAGUGUUUGCCCCUCGACUUUUUACUCAUUUGAAAGAAUUACGAGAAGAAUAUUCAUACAAUAAGACUCAUACGGAGUAUCCAAUUACAAUGAUUUUAUCCGCCCUCUACUCGAUUGCUUCAAAAAUUGAAGAUGAGGAUGAGGAUAAGAAAUCUUUGGUCAAAAAAGUUGAGAAAACCUUUGAUGUUGACCUUAUUCUCAAGUGUCUCACUGAGAGUGACUCUUCCCAAAUCAGAAAUCAUGCAAUUUUGCUGUUGGGUGAAUUGGCCUCCAUUUUCCCUCUUCAAAUUAUUGAACAAAUUCUUCAAGUCAUGAAAGCUGUUGAGGGUACUCUGAAAGAGAAGGAUGGUUUUUCUUUUGAUGCCAUCCAAAAGACUGUUCUUCAAAUUGUUCCAAAACUUGUCGAACAGAAAAUGGAUAUCAAGUUUAUUGUGAAUGUAUUUGUGAACUCUAUGAAAUACAUUCCAAAAGAUAAGAGACUCUCAUUCUUCUCCAACUUGGUCAAGGGUACUUCCAGAAAGAAUAUUUAUGGAUUUGUCUUGCUCAUGCUUUCUCAAUGUGUCAAGAGUGGCGAUCAAGAAGAUAGUUCAAUGAUUGUUUCUUUCUGCCAUGAAUUGGUGGAAUAUUUCAAGAUUGGAAAGCAAUUGGUGACUCUUGUCAAAUUGGUGAAUAUUGCUCACUCCAUUGCAAAGGACGAAAAAACAGCAAGUAAUGCCUUCUAUGCAUCCGAAGAAUAUUCUGAUGAGGAAAAGCAAGCAUUGCUUGUUUUUAUUUUGGAAUUUGCUUCCUCACAUCUAUCAUCGAUGGAAUUCCUCAGAAUGCUCAUCAUUGAAGAAGAGAAGGAUAAAGAAACUUCACAAACCUAUUUACUCACCAUUGCCGAGACGUUAAACAAGAUUAGAGAUCAAUCUACCGAUUCAACCAUCAUCGAUUUGAUUGAUGAAGUUUAUUCCAAGACUCAACAAUUACUCAAUUCCUACAGUUUUGUUGCAUUGAUCAAGUCCAUGUUAGAAAGUUCCUCAGGCUCCAUGAAAGAAAGAGCUCUCUUCAUUUUGAAUACUCGUCUCACCGAUGAAUCCUCACGAAUUAUUUCGAAAUUGCAACAAGACGAAGAGAUUUAUUUGACCUUGUUGAGAAAAUUGAGAAAGAUUUUGGAAGAUGCAUCUGGAGCUUCAAACUUCCUCAUUCAACACGCAAUUAUUUCCAUUGAAUUGAUGGCAAGAAGAUUUGCAAGAAAUAACUCCAAGUUAUUCAUUAAGGCAAUGCCUUCGGUACUUCAACACUUGAAGGAGAGUUCACACUCCGCUAUUAUUUCCUCUUCAGCUUUGUGUGUUUCAACGUUGUGUCUUGAAGUUGGAGCCGAUUCUCUCGAGUUCUUGCCAAAUAUUUAUCCAACCUUUGUUUCUCACAUUUCCAAAGUUCUUUCGAAGGGAAUGGAUAUUCUCGAGCAAGAAGAGAACGAUGAAGAAGAUGACUCGAACUCUGAUCAACUUUUAGUUUUCAGUAUUCUCUCUGCUUUAUAUUUGGUUGUGAGAGUUCAUUUGAAGUUUAUUAGUCCUUACCUUAAACAAAUUAUGAACAUUCUGUUAAGCACUAGAAUCAUCCAUUCCUCCAACAAGAAGAUUGCUCAAAAGUCCAGUGAUAUUUUGUUCUUUUUGGCAACAUAUGCUGAAACUAGACAUAUUUUGGAGCCUGUUUUUUCAUCAUUGGAAGCAUCUGUCAGCUUUGGUCAUGAAUCAGUCGUCAAACUCAUGACCGUUGUUUAUGAAAUUGUCAAUGUGAUGGAUGUGAAAGCAGUUGAGAAUUUCCACACAAGAAUUACUGAAUUUUUCUUACAAGCUUUGGAUUUGAGAAGACGAAGAAAGUUCGAUAGGAAAGUCCUCGAAACCGUCGAAAAGUCUGUUUGCUCCUCCUUAGAAGCAUUUGUGCUCAAACUCAACGAAGAUCAAUUGAAAUCUGUUCUCAGACAAAUGAUUGAUUGGUCACGAGAAGCUGUGAGAGAUGAGGACUCUAAGAAUUAUUUGGAUUAUGGUGAUAAUAAGUUAGCCCCACCUGAUGUUGCUCGCUUAAUUGCAUUCUACAAGUCAAUUAUUAGUUUUAAUAUGAAACUCAGCUUUUUGUUUGUUCCAUACUAUGGAUAUUUAUGGCAAAAUAUUAUUAGAGAUUUGAAAUCCAUUAGUGGAGAUCAUGAUGAAAACGACGACGAUGAAGACGAAAAUAACGAUGAAGAAUCUCAUCAAAACUCAAAGAAGAGAAAAUUGAAAGAACUAACCACCAAAAAACAACCAAAACUUUGUGUCAUCUCAUCGACUGAGGAUCGUGUUCAAUUGGCGUAUCUUAUAUUGAAUUGUCUCAGUCUUUGCUUCUUAAAUGAUAGAGAGGCAUUUGUGCAAUCGAAUGAUCGAUUUGAACACUUGAUUGAACCACUCUCUAAAGUGAUCGAACAAGAGGAUGUAUGUGAGAAGAAUUAUGAAUUAAUUUCCAAGACUUUUGGUGCGCUUGCUAGCGUGGUGAAUCAACAGCAAUGGAAGCCACUUCAAUAUCAAGUUUUACAAAGAACCAAACAUGAAAGCAGUAUUGUCAAGAGAACUGCCAUUGCAUGUAUUGCUGCAUUCUAUGAACAUGUUGGCAAAGAGUUCAUUAUUAUGCUUCCUGAGAUGAUGCCAUAUGUGGCAGAAUUGUUGGAGAGUGAUGAUGAGGAAGUGCUGAAGGACACUCGAGGUAUUGUUUUAACUAUUGAACAGAAAACCGGCGAGGAAAUUUCACACUUUUUAUCCGAGUAA